AUUUGUCAGGCAUUUUAUACUGGUGCAUUCGAAAUUGCAGUUCUUGUGUACAAUGUACAUUUUGGAAAUUUAAAACUAUUGCAAUAUUAAAUAAUAGAAAGAUUAUCAGCGUUUGGCGCUUAUUGCGUCAACAAAAGUUACUAGUACAUUUACUAUGGAUAAGUUUGUGACAAGAGCCCCGACAUGGCAAAAGCUAACCUAUGCAACUGCGCUUGAAAAAUCCCGAAGAGAUAUUCAGCCGACAAAUAAUUGUAUGGUGAAAAAGAAGCCACUGCGAGAAAGCCAAGUGAAACAAACUGAAAUGGUGGAGAACUCGCCCGUGCGAAAUAAACGUCGAUUAAGCAUUCGGGAUGAGCGAUUGUUGAAAAUUUUUGCAAGCAAACCUGACCAGCCAUUGGUGCCAUCUAAUGAGGACAGUGGGCUCAGUAGCUCUUCCCAAGGAUCCAUAGAAAAUUUCAAUUUUCUUGUACAUGGAGCUGACGAGAGAGAGUCUUUGCCUGAGAAAGCAAAAAACCUGUGCGAAUUGAGCGACUAUGUGAGCAGCGCCGAUGUAAUGCGUUCACAGCAAAAGCUCUUGAUAUCCGAAACGCCACCAGCAACUUUCAAAGAGGUGUUACUUGAAAGCAACCAAAGUAACUCCGUUGCAACUUCUUCUAAAACUGCAAUAAAUUCCGAGGCGAAAUCAUCUGACAGCAACAUAGCUCCUCAAGCCAGCCUUAACAACGUCGAAGGAACUCUCACGGAAGAGCCUACGACACCCGCAACAACUACCAGACCACAAAUGGCGCGCAUACAACGUGAUCUCAAUAGCCCUUCUGCCACAGUACGCGUGCGAGCAAUGAGGGCUUUAAAAAAUCCCAAUAACGCUGCUUAUACCAACUUUGACGUACCACAUGAAGAACAAGAUAUUAUCAGUGUAGAGGAACGCCAACCACCUCCACCACCUUCGAUCGAGGAGCUAAUGCGUGACAUUGUGGUUUAUGUAGAAGUACGUACCGGCGAAGAUAAUCGGUCUGAAGGUGUAAAAAAAGUAAUUUCCCAAUUAGGCGCACGCGUAAAUCACAAACUUCUUAGAGGUACAACACAUGUGAUAUUUAAAGAUGGUCUGUUAUCCACAUACAAAAAAGCUAAAAACUGGAAUAUACCUGUCGUUUCGAUUUUAUGGGUUGAAGCCUGCAAAAAUAAGCGAAUAAUUUGUGAUCCGAACGAAUAUCCCAUAUCGAAUAUAGAUCGCUAUGAAAAUCCAGAACUGUACGACAAAAUGAAGCGUCACAAGUCUAUGCAACCGGAUUCAGAAUGUAAUAAACGUAUUCGCCUCAGGCAGGGUACUACAAAAGACUCUACACCUAAGACUGGAGCAGAAGCGCUUACUAAUUCGUCGAUUGUGAAUAAUACGCCAAAAUCGAGUAGGAAACAGACUGAUAUAAGUCAAUACUUUAGAAAACUAGCUGGUGCCAACAGCACACCUAUUGCUGAUAAAAAUGCUUUACCUGGGUCAACAACAUCGAUAACGAAAGCCAAAGAUGUGGCUGAGUCACCCGCUACCCAGCUGUUAAAUAGAAUUGAAAGCAACUCGUUCACACCCCCCCUUCAGCCUAGAAAAAUCCAAAGCGAUACAAAUACUACAACUUUAUCAAUAGCAAUGUCACUGAAGUCCUCAAGUACUGGCACUUUGUCCGAGCGUACUAACAUAACAAGCGAGUCUAGAAAAUGUUUAAAAUUCCCAUCGCCCGGACAGAGAUCGGCUAAGAAGAAAAAUCCCAAUAUACCUUCACCAAAAAAACCUUGUAUACAACGACGUUCCAGUGUUCAGGUGCCUGUGGCACAGAGUAGAAGUGAUUAUUCACUACAGGCGUCUGGUACCGUUACACCUGGUCGAGUAACGCGUCGACGAAGUUCAAUUCAUACCACAGUCAACAUGAGCCUCAGUACGCUUGUGCCGAGCACGCCAGAUUUAAUCUCACAUUCCAAUCAAGCAACAUUUAGUGCAAUACCCGAAGAGGAUGGUGAGAACACUUUAAAGAAGAGUGUGAACCAAACUACUACAAGACAAAAGCUAAGCAGUCCGAAAAGUCCCAUAAAUGGCUCGGUUAUUAAAAAGCGUAUUAUAAGACGGCGCACAACUUACACGAAUAAAACUCCUGAAAUAUCACCCGAAAAAUCAAAAACAACAAAGCGACGCACUCUAUAUACCCCAAAACCAGUAGAGGAGAAUGUGUUGGAGUCGUUGGCACAAGUAGAUGGAACACCAAAAGUGCUGGACGAAAAUUUACUACAAUUUGCUUUAACACCAACCACACUUGUCGAAAGUAAGGAAAGACUAUCUGACAAAGAAAAGAAUAGGGAAGUCGAAGUUGGUGCGUUAAUCGAAGAGCACUCUUCAACUAUAAUUUUCAAUUCAACCCGUCUACCCAGUGCCAAUCGGCGGCGUACACUCUUCGAUGUUUCAAUGGAUAUCAUACAACAACGUUUACACAAUAUAAACAAUUCGGCAAGACGCUCAAUAGCACCUGAGCUAGUUUCUAUUGAAAAGAACCCAAACAUAGUUCAACCUCCGACAAAUACAAAUACUUUGCCGUCGGCUUCGAAGCGCGCCAUAGAAAUUGACGAGACAAUCGCAGAAAUAGCUGCGCCAAAAACACCUGCUCCGACAAACCCAAUUUCUCCACCUAAAACUGUUAAAAAGCGCAAGUUAUUUGUACCCAACGAUACAGCGCUAAUUUUAACUGCUACGCCCCCGACUUCAGCAAAGAAGAGCACAACUGAAACAAGUGCAAAGCGCAGACGCACCAUGACACCAAAAGUAGUAGAAAACCCACAGAAACCACGAUACAGUAUCGUCGCAAAUGCUAGGUCGCGUUCAAAUGUUAUUAUAAAACCCACCACGCCGGCGCACAUAACGGAUCUAACGAAGAGUGCACUGCAAUUAGUGGCUACGCAAACAAAUGGGUGGAUCCAAAAUGAAAAGGGUGAAGGGUUCAACGCACAGUCUUCCACGCAAUUGAAAAAAACUGCAACGACAGUUGAUAGUAAAGUGGAAGAAUCGGCGCCGAGCCUUACCACAAAAUCUGUCGUUGUUGCACCUGCAACGCAAAAGUCUGCAUUAGUGAAUGAGUCAAAGGAUGCAACGAAAACUACAUUACAAUGUAAUGCUGUUACAACAACUACAACACUACCAAAACAAGCAUCAUCCAUGAGCUUAAUUUCAAGUAAAACAUCCGAUACUACAGCCAAGAAACAACUGCAACAAGACAUGGAAGUUGACGAGAACAUCGCCCUAAACACGCCUUCCAAUUCAACGAUAUUAUCACAAACGUCUGCUGCAGCUUCUUCUUUUGUACCGGACGAAAAUGCAAAAUUGCCGCUGCCUACAGUGGAAAAACUACCUCCAAUAACGAAUCAACCUCAAGAGAAAGUUGUGAAAAAGUCUCAAAUGAGCAACAGGCCAGACAAAGCCAAAGAUGCAGUGGCAGUAGCAACGGGUAGUAUGACUACGCAAUCGUCAAAAAGUGCACCCGCCAGCAAUAAGAAAUGGCCAUAUAUUGUGUGUACCAACAUGCACCGGGAGCAAAUAAAAGUGAUACGUGAGGCAAUCGCUACUCUUGGUGGCCUGCAACUGAAUCACUGUGUUAACGACCAUACUACGCAUGUGGUGAGUUACGAACCGCGUCGAACGCUGAAUCUACUGCGCGGUCUAAUACGUGGCCUCUGGAUUCUCGAUUACAAAUGGGUAGUAGACUCACUUAAAGCCGGUUGUUGGCUAAAUGAGGAAGAAUAUGAGUUGAGAGUGUUUUCGCGCGCCGUCGAGAUUUGUCGCACCGAGCGUCAGGCUUUUGGCAAUACCUACAAAUGUGAACUCUUUACGGAUUUAGGUGCCUUUUACAUAUCGUCGCGUUGUGGUCCCAUCUCAAAGGAAAAUCUAAAAGAGCUUAUUGAAUUAUGUGGCGGCAAAGUGGUCGAUCAUCGCAAACGUGCUAAAUAUAUACUCGGCGAUCCACACAAAUCACUCGAAGAUAAAGUCUACGUAACUCCAUUUUGGGUAUUGGAUAGCAUUACGCAGAUGCAAGUGAUGCGUCAACAAAAAUAUAGCUAUGCGUCGAAUCAAAAUCAAAUCAUGAAGACGCAACCGCAAUUGUUGUCACAGGCAAACGACGACGCAGUGGUUUCAACUUAAUUAUAGAUACAUAGUAGCGCAAUGUGAAAUUAAAAUUAAAGCAUCACAAAGAUUUUGUUGGCAUUUUCACAAAAAAUUUGUUAAAAUAUGGAAAUUUUUUAUGGAGAAAUCCACUUAGUAAAAUUUAAGAAUUAUUUAGAACUCAUGAACGUUUUCUUUCCAUUGCAAUUGUAGUAAAUAACAUUAAAAAAAUAAUAAUAAAUUAUAUAAUAGUAAGCUAUAUCUAUUGUUUUUAUAUUAAAACUUGAGUCAACUUGAACACUUUUAGAUCUCUACCAUUAAGACCUAUAGAAUCCAAAAGAUCGUUCAUGAGAUGUGUAUUUAAAGCAAAAAAUAUAAUUCUCUCAGAUAGCUAUGAGAGAAUUAUCGAUCUAGCUA